UUUCGCUUCUGCUUCUGCUUUCUGCUAGCUACAAUCUUUUCGACAACCAUCGAUAUACAGAAGUAUAGAGUUUAGUUCUCCACGUUCUUCAUCCAUGGCACUGUGAUUUUUUGUUUUUUUUAUAGUUGUUUACGUGAGGUGAAAAAAUUUAUUUACUUCUACAAUGAACACUGUCCAUGGGGUAUAAGAGACUAGCGAAGGUCUGGAAACCUAAAAAAAAUGAUUUUGACAAUCUUCUAUAUGAUGGCGACAUGGAUACAGGCAUGGAGAUUGGCGACGCUGAAAGCGCGUCUUGCCACAUCUCUCGCUGGGCCGGAAGCUGCUAGACCUACACUCAUGUUUUUAGCAAAAUCCAUGAGUGAUUCCAGAAAAGAAUACAAUGGAGCUAAGGUUGCCAGUAACAGCGAAAGUGCAAACGUUCUGAGUUCUCACUUAUGCAAAAAUCAAAGUGUCGCGAGACUCGGUGACCUCAUUUGGUGUCAUGGGGACAAGAAACUUUGUACUAUUUAUCCACAGCAAAAAAUAGACGUCAAAGAUUGGCUGAUCUUUCCUACAGGAAAAACUCAAUUUCCUCUUCACGUACGAAAUCAUGGUAAAGCGUUGCUCAAUGAUAGUACAAAAAUGCACGCCCUAAUCGAGGCUGAUGUCGAGAAUUAUCACCCUACAGCUUUCGCAAAAGCAACCAGGCUUGAAGAUUAUGGGAAAAUCGUCACGUGGACGUUUGACGAAAAUUUUGCAGUUAUUUUAGAAACGGACUUAGAUCACAUGACGAAACUGUCGAUCGCUCUAAUGCAUGGAAAAUGUUUUAUCAACAAUGGAUUUACUCUUACCCGUGUCGAGUCAAUCGGAGUCACGGGAAAACCGUGCGUGUACAACAGCGAAGAGUUGGUGACUCUCCAUCACGAUAAAAAGCUCAUUGGGAAAGCCCAGUGGGAUGCACACGUAAAAAUACUGAAAACUUUCAGUAGCAUUGCGAGACACGUAGCUCAACAAGGAGUUUCAUUAGAAAUUGACGAAGUGCCCGGUGUACACGUGUCACCGGGUAACCAGCCGAUUAAUUUGCACAUACCUACAAUAUUGGAGAUUCAAUUACCGCGUGACGCUUCAGACGACGCGAUCGCUCCAUUGGAUGACAUCGUAAUUCCGUCGACCCCACCACCAACACCGGCAACCAUAAUUCCCGAUAAGAAUGGGUCAAGCAAGCCAAGCACCGUUGAAACACUUCUGUCCUCAGUUCCUUCAUCAAAGUACUUGGAAACCUCGCGAACGGAAGAUCUCACUAAAAUUUUAGAAGUUAUGUCUCCCGAAGUUACCAAAGAUUCUGCAGAUUCUGUUGAAUCUCCGAACAAGACCACAAAAACUACUUCCACUGCCAGUAGUGUUCAAACACCCCAACGAAAUUUCUCCACAAAGACCUCUCAUUAUUCGCCAUCGAAAAGACCAAUGGCCAAUUUUUGUAACACCGUUAAGCCUCCGAACGUCUUGAUUUAUGCAGACAGCACAAUAGCAGCUGAAAACAUCAAAAAUGUGCUCGGUCUCACGCUCAACAAAGACAAAUACAUCGUUUAUACACUCUCAUCUGAUGAGGCGAAAAAGGAUGUCUGGAUGGACCAAACGGUGCUGGUAAUAGUCUGCGGUAACGUGGGUGCUGAAAUUUCGAGUCAGCUCGUCGAAUACAUGGUCCGAGGGGGUCAACUUUUAGCUCUGUGUUCUGACACCCUCCACACACUUUUGCCCUCGUUCAAAACUGCCGAAGUACGAGAACACGAGCUUGUACGUUUCUCAUAUGGGAAAUGGAAACACGUGCAGAUGAUGCAUCACAUUUUCUGCUAUCAAGCGUCACCUGUAAAAACACAGUUUUCUCAAGACCACGAUGAAUCGAGAACGAAGACACCGCACACUCCAGUGUCGGCAAAUGUAUACGAUAGUGCCGGUAAAUUGCACACUUUUCAUGUAAAAGUACUCGGAACCGAAGAAACGUGGCACACACCGAGUAUCCUUCUCGCAAACCUUCCCGAGAGUGGUGGACGAGCCGUUUUUUCACAAAUUCAUCUUGAAGCCGAUCCGUCCCAAUACGAAAUGGAAGAAACUAAAUUCAACGCUCUCAAGCAAAGCAACACAGCGAGAUUAGAGAUUCUCAGUGAUCUUUUAACAACGCAUUUUGGUCUCGAUGCUCGUACGGGACCCCGCGAUGAGGUCAAAUACACUCCUGGCUUUUUUCUCGGUAGACACGAGCUCAAGCUAGACAUGUUGGAUCGAUUGAAAGACAAGACGAGUACCGACGACAUUUACAAAACGGAUAAAAUGAGUUUACAAUUUUGCGGAAGAACGACGAAACCGAUUGCUGCUUCUGCUUCGUUAUUACCGAUAAUGAUACAUCAGUGUCCAGACAAUUUUUCGACUGUAGAAUAUUUCGAGAAUUUGAAAUCAAAAGAAUUGGGACGGCUGGUUAUAUACGCGGACAUUUUAACAUCGUCGAUGAACGUCGUCGCGGGUCGUAAGUUACAUCAUGGGUUAGUCGUUAUACCUAGACAACAGACUCAAGGGCAAGGUCGAAGAACGAAUUUAUGGCUUAGCCCACCCGGUUGUGCUAUGUUCACGAUGCAAUUGCACGUGCCGGUAAAUAGCGAGCUUGGCAGUCGCCUGUCGAUUCUACAACAUCUCGUUGCUGUUGCCACUGUCUCGGCAAUCAAAUCCUUACCUGGCUAUGAGAACAUCGAUCUAAGACUCAAAUGGCCUAAUGACUUUUACGCAGGAAGUGAGACAAAAAUAGGCGGGCUUAUAGUAUCAACGAUAAUGGAAUCUUCCAUAGCUAUAUGCAACAUUGGCUUGGGUAUAAAUCUUUCCAACAGUGAGCCAACAUAUUGCAUAAACGACGUUAUCGCCAAGUACAAUGAACAGACUGGUUCAAAAUUGUCGAAAAUUCCGUAUGAAAAAUUUCUUGCCCUUGUAUUUACCGAACUCGAGAAUUUGUACCUCAUUUAUCAGAGUGGUAACGUCGCACAUUUUUUCGAGCUCUAUUACAACUAUUGGGCACACACUGACAAAGAAAUAACGGUCAUGACUCCGGAUGGGAAAUCUCAAGAAGUUAAGAUCCUGGGAAUCGACAGCUUCGGGUUUUUGGAAGUGCAGGAAAAAAGUGGCAGAGUCUUCACCGUUCAUCCCGAUGGAAAUACCUUCGACAUGCUUAGAGGGUUGAUAUCUCCAGUAAUAAAUACGUAAAAUUAUAUCAAUAUGGUUUCUAAUCGUUUCAAUGCGAACUGGGUUGUUAAGAAUCCAAAAAAUAUUAUUAUCAAUUUUUCUUACAUUCCAUCAAGAGAACGUUGACGUGAAUGCCCAAAGAAGUUUUCCAUUUUCGUUAAAAAUAAUCAUUUGUGGUAAUUUGAUGUACGAAUAUUCAAGAUUUUCCAUGACAAAAUGUCAAAUGUUCGAUGACUGAGCCGGACUUGGCGAUCGUGAUAUUGAAUCGUUGUUGUUAUUAAUUUUUUCUCGUCGCAUCAUCAAUAUUUUUUAUUGAUUGUUCUAAAUUUCUUUACUUUUUGGUAUCCAUGUUUUUUGUUAUUUAUUUAUGGAUAGAUAAUUCAGAUUACGUAGAACGUAAGCCCAUCGGAUUUUCGUAAGAAUCGGUGUAUAUGAAUUUAUCGCUAAUCAAAGUCAUUUGCAACGAAUGUUGCUUAUAACGACGCAUAAUCAUUGUCAUUUUUCCUCUUACGUAGUAAAUGAAAAGUGAGAAAUUGUGACUCGUGAACUUGUUUGGAAUCGGAGUUUUUGAUGAAUCCAUAAUUACCCACGUGCUACUGCUGAGACUUGUUUAUACGUUAAGAAUAACAACGUAAUUACGAUAUAUAUCUAUAAUGAAACAUGCAUAUAUAUCGAAAGUCAAUUAUUCCAAAGAGUUCAUUGUGGUGAGCCACACUGCGGGGCAUCAUGAGUGUCCAACAUGAAUAUUGUAUCGUUUUUUGCUGAUCUGCAAUGUGGUUGUUUUAUAAGAACGAAGAUCACAUGUUAGAUGAUUUUUUGACAAAAAGAACCUUCCAAAUUGUUUCGGAUUCCUUCGAAGAUUGGCAAUACUAGAAAUUCUGAAAACGAAUAAAAGUACUGCAUUAGAGAGACGAAGCUCCGAAAAGUAAAAGUUGCAUAGAAGUCAUUAACAAAAAAAGGAGACUAAUCUUCUAGUUUAGUUGUUGCGUAGUUGCAGGAUUAAUGGAAGACCAAAGUCUUUGGGUAAUAUUUAGUUAGUUCAUAAAAACCUAUGUAUGGAUGCCGAAAAUCGUUAAGUUUAUGAUAAGAUGAAGCAUACGUGCGUAAAUAUAAAAUUGCCAUUGCAGCUAUAAGAGUUUAUAAUAUUCUUGAAUUACUGCACCGGCCUAGUGGCGCUAUCCAAGAGUUCAUUAGUUCAUAAAUGAAUGUUUCAUGCGAAGAAUAUCAAAAAUACCACUUGUCGAAAACUUUCAUCUCAUGUUAAACUAAAAAAAAGACAUUAUUUUCCAAAUUCUCCUCUAUUCCCGAUUGUUAUCAUUAGAAAAAAUAUUGUGAAGAUGGUAAUGAGUGUACUUAAAAUAUUUAUACUAUGUUUCAAGUGUAAAAUCAAUUUUGUGCUACGCACUCAAACUUUAUCUACCUGUAAAAGCGUCAAAAAAAGGAUAAUUCUUGAAUAUUCAAUGUUGCCUGAUUAAAAUUAUAUUAUUGAAUUGUUA